AUGUCAACAAAUCAUCAUAAUAGUUCGUACAAUAAUAAUAACAAUACAUCAUCAUCAUCAACAAUGACAUUGUCAACCGCCUCUACUUCUAUUGGACAUGUCCACGGACCAGGGACAUCAUCUGACAAAUCAAUACCAAGCAACUACCAAAUUGCCUCUGGUUACCCCAUUGGGUCAUCUGGUUCCUCCGCCUCUUCCGUGUCUACAUCAAUGCCUGAGCACAAUCACAAUGAAAUGAUGAACAAUAAUCAUCAUCAUCAUCAACAUCAUAAUCCUAACAUCGACAUUGAUAAACAAACAAUACCAUUCUCUAAAUAUUUACCUCCAAUUGUUCGACAUCAACAACAACUCCAACAUCAACAACAACAACAACAACAACAACAACAACAACAAUUAUUAUUACAACAGCAACAACAACAACAACAAAUGAUUGAAGAACAACCAUUAUAUGUUAAUGCUAAACAAUAUGCAAGGAUAUUGAAGAGGAGGAUUGCAAGAGCAAAGAUUGAAUCAGAGAGCAAAUUGUUAAAGGUUCGCAAGCCCUACCAACAUGAGAGUAGACACCAACAUGCUUUGAGAAGACUUCGUGGAAAUGGUGGCCGAUUCCUCACUGCCAAGGAGAAGGAAGAGUUACUAAAGAAUGGCUUUGGCAACAAUAUUAGUGCUGGCAGUAGUAUGGAAGAUGUUCGUGGUUCAUCCUCAUCUCCACCUGGCAACUCCUCACCUCCAUUCAUCGACUCUGCCAACUCAAAUGUACUCAAACAACAUCAACAACAACAUGAACAUCAUCAACAACACCAGCAUCAACAACAUCAUCAACAACAAUAUAUAUCGACUUCAUCUAGUGUAAGCGAACUACUUAUGAACCCAUACCAUGUAGGUGGGACGGGUACCAUCUCCACAAGGAGUAACAAGUAA